CCCACUAAGCACCCAAUCUCAGCCUUGAAUGGUAGCAGACGACGGAGCGCACCUGCACCUUUCAGCGGCUCAGCGUGCCCUGUGGACUGCUGCUUCGGGGAGAGCUGCUUCGGAGUGGCUGUGGACUCUGAACCGACCCCAUACUCCCUGCUCCCUUCAGCUGUCAGCUGCAGUUCCCAAGAGCACCGCAGCCAUGGGCAUCGGAGGCGCGCUGCGAGCUUCAGCUCUCCUGCUGCUCAUCAGGACUUGGCUGGCCGAGAGCAACGACCCCAGUUCCACCCCGCAAUUCUACUUCGAGCUCUCCUCCAGCAUGCCAGAAGUCAUCCUGGAUCUCAUCAACUGCAAAAAUUGUGCAAAUGAGUCUGUGGUUCAAAAGAUUUUGGACAGGGUGCUGUCAACAUCUGAUGUCCAACUGAGACCAAAUUUUGGAGGUGCCCCUGUGGCUGUGUUGGCACCUACUUGUGUCUCCAGUAUUGAACAGAUAUCAGAAAUAAAUAUGGACUAUACAAUCACAACGUUUUUGCAUCAGACCUGGAAGGACAAAUGCUUAGCUUACUAUGAGACCAACCUGAACCUGACUCUGGAAUAUGAGAUGCAGAAGAAACUCUGGGUCCCUGACUGCUACUUUGUGAAUAGCAAAGAUGCCUUUGUGCAUGCUGUAACUGUGGAGAAUCGUGUUUUUAAGUUUCACCCAGGAGGGACAGUGCGAUACGGCAUCGGACUUACCACAACAGCAGCCUGUUCCUGGGAUCUGAAAAAAAUCCCUAUGGACAAACAAGGCUGCAAGCUGGAGGUGGAGAGCUAUGGCUACACUGUUGAAGACAUUGUGUUAUCCUGGGAAGAUGAUAAUGCCAUUAACAUUACUGAUGAGCUGCACAUACCUCAGUGUACCUACCAACGGAGGACAAUUACCAGCAGGGAGGUGGAUUUGUACACAGGCCUCACUUCCAUCCUUGUCUUGACUGCCAUCGACUCACAUAUGUGGAAUAAACGCCCCCAUAUUUCCUGUAUCAAAGCCAUUGACAUCUACAUCCUUGUGUGCCUGUUCUUCGUGUUCCUGGCCCUGGUGGAAUAUGUCUACAUCAACUACCUUUUCUUCAUCGAAGGACCUCAGUGUAAUCGCAGAAGAUGCAGGAAAGUCAGGAGAGUUGUUGCCCGAUACCUCUACCAAGAAGUGGUGGUGGGAAAUGUGCAGGAUGGCCUGGUUAAUAUGGAAGACAGAUUGGAAGACAGAGCUGGUUCCCUUCCAGACAGUCCCAUGCAGGCUCAUCUGGCAAGCCCAGAAAGUCUUGGAUCCUUGCUGUUUCCCUCAGAGCAGGCCCAGCUGGCUACCUCAGAAAUCCUCAGCCAUCUGAGCCAAGCCCAGUUAGUCACUGGAGAAAGCCUGAGUGAUCUGACCUCCAACUCUCAGCAAUCUUUGCAUGACUGUACCACUCACUUUCAUGGCUUUCUCACUAAUGACAGUAUUAUGCCCACCAAAAUCCACAGCCACUCUGAGAUCCAUGGCGUUGAAGACUAAAAGAGCCUAAGCUCUGAUGAGAGCCAUGGAAGCAGCCCUAGUGGAAGGCUCGUGCUUGACAGUGGACAGUGGUGUGUGGAAGAAGUGAGUUGGAAACUUGAUAAUAUUGACAGCUUACAGGAUGACAUCAGUACCAAGAGCAGCUGGCUUGGCCUUGAUGAACAGUGCAAGGGGGAUGCUAACAGCAUCUGGAGUCUUACUGAGGCCUGUAACCAAAAGAAGGAUGAUAGCUCAGAGUCUGAGGAGAAUUGUCCCCCAAGCCCUGGGUGUUCCUUCAAUGAAGGGUUUUCUUUCCAGCUCUUUAGCCCUGACCGGGUCCCUAAAGUUGACAGGUGGUUCUGUUUCCUCUUCCCUCUUUCCUUUGGGUUGUUCAAUGUGGUUUACUCGUUGUACUGCAUCUAUUAGUUUCCCAUACCCCACAGCAGCAGAAAUACUAUAAUGUGUUUCCUUCAGAGUUCCUUUGGUUUGGUUUAUCCCUCUACUAUUUGUUCAUUUUAUUUGGCACGUGUUUGUUUGUUUGGGGGCAAUCAAAUCUAUUGGGCACUUCUCUUUUUUAUGAAUUAAUGGGGUUCUGAAGAAAACAUGAAACCAGAGGUGAAAGACUGAGGAAGACUUGGAGGUGAAUUGCACAUCGAUAUCUUCCUGCCAGAAAAUUCUCACCUUUCAAAUUCUUUGAACAGUCCAUCAGCCUAGAAAUGCCCUUGGGAGUAGUUAGAGAACAGAGAAUAGCCAGGCUGAGGAAUGAGGAUAAUCUGAGCCUGGUUCACAAACAUUCCUGGGGCCUGUCUUUUUAAUCCCCUUCAGGUGUUAAAAUUGCUUUUUUAUUACUUUUGGCUUUCUCCUGGUUGUCAUGCACCUUGUCCACCUGCUAAAAAGAGCAUUGGAAAAAUAAUUCAAGCUAAGUUGGCCUGGAAUAUACAGAGGAGGGACUAGGCAUGGCUUAGAUAUUCUGACUAAGAAAAGUUGGGAAUCAUUUGUAAGUACUCUGUACUUUGAAUGUGGAGUUGUGGUAUAGGAGUGGGGAGGUAUAGGAGUGAGGAGGCCCUGCCAAAGGGAUAUACCAGGGUAAGUGUGAAAGCAUGCUGCCAGCAAGGGUAUAGAGGAGAGAGGGAGUAGUGUCAGGCUGGAGUUUGUAUGUGUUCAAUUAUUCCCUUUAAAGUUAGUUGACUUUCCCUUGCCUCUAUUUCUUCUCCACAUUGCCUCACAGUAGUGACUCAGUACAUUUGUUCAGUUAGGAGUUAGCUUUCCAGCAAUGCUGAAUUGAUUACUAGUUAUAGGAGACAUACAUAGUGAGGAAGCACUAGCUGAGAAAUUUCAGGCUUACUGUUUUACCAUCAGCCUAGAAAAGCAUUUGGACAACUACUGUGAAUCUAUGUACUAACACUCAUACUAAUACUUGUCUAGCGCAUAGUAAGUGUCAGUGAGCUCCCUGACCCAUCACAUCAUUGAAUCAUCACAGAAGCCCUGUGAACCAGGAAAAACAAAGCACCUUGUCCCCAGUGUUCCAAGGAAAAUGUGGAUCUUGUGUACCAUACUUAUGGAUGUUUAUCUGCCUAACUCUCAGCUGACGAACUGCCCUACAGCCCCUUCCCUUUGCUCAAAGGUGCAUCCCUACAGAAUCUACCUGUCGGGCUGCCAAGCUCACUGGACAGCACCUGGAACAUCUCUAUAGGAAGAGGCUUCUUCUGACCAGACAUUGAACAUGAACUGAGCAGAUGGAGAAUAUGGCUCUGCCUACUCAGCAGGGCUCCUGAUAAGGAUGAGCCUGCACACCAACUUGCCAGGGAAGCACCAGCUCACUGAUGGAGGUCAUGAGGGAACUUGUCCAAACACCCAACCUAUGUUCCCCCUUCCUCUAUAGGCAGCCUCUCCCUCAGCCCUGGACCCCUGUGCCCACCCACCUCCUUACCUCUACUUCUGUGUUUACAUGUUCCUGUGUAUAGUGGGGAAGGAGUGUAUAUGUAUCCAGGUAGAUGUAUGUCCCGUACAACCAUUCAAGAAGUUUACAAGGACUAUAUUAGUGUCAGUCUAUGUUAGUAUAUAUGAACGCAUAUCUGCACUGUGUGGAUAAAUAGUUUGUGUGUAUACAUCUCUAUGAAAGUGUCAGUUGUGUACUUAUAGUAACAGACGUGAAUUCAUUCUGUGCACAUUUGUGGAAUGUGUAUGUCUGUAUACCUGUGUUUAUCAAACUUAAUUGGAGUAAAAGGACAUACAGCAGAAACCACAUACGUUCCCUGCUGGGAGUUUGUAUAGUAACAUUAGGACUCUAGUGGCCUAUUUUGACACAGUGGGGAAUGUCUUAUUUAGCUGGACUGAUUAACUAUUUCUGUGAAGACAGGGAGCAGGGUCUAUUGCUUUCCAUUAACUGCUCAAUCUUCCUUCACACAGUUCUGCUGUGUCCUCGGUGGAAGAACCAGAAGAAGUGAAC